AUGCCCGAACUGGGCGUCGUUAAUGAACAGGAGUUCGACACCAUGGACCGGGCUAUCUAUGAAGCCGGAUGGUGGUCUUGCCCCACUAAUCAACAACCACCUUCUACGCAUAGAAUUACUACCAUGGUGGCAAAUAUACCUUCCUCCGCUGCGCUGGAUUCGAUAUCACCAGAUACGACCCCACCAACCCCGAGCCUCACAUACGCCGAGGAUCCCGCGAUCUUUGCUUAUGAGACCGAGCAGAUUGCGUCGUAUGUCAAGGAGCUUGCCCCCACCAAACUUGUCAUUGACAGUACUUACAGCAUCAAUGCAAUGCACCUCUCCAUCCCCACUAUCGACAUCUUCUCCGAUCACUUCUAUCCACCUGACAUCGCGGAGCUGCAAAGUGACAUCAGCGUCGACCAAUCCGUGAACAACGCAUACAUCGCUGGAGAAUAG